AUGGGAAAGCCCCGGCCUCAAAAGAAAAAGUCCUCCAAGUCCCGCGCAAAGACCGUCCUUGGCCCUGGUGGCUCGGUCUCGAAACACAAAAUGGCCGAAGACCCCUCUAAGCUUCUCGACCAAGCCACCAUUCUGCUGGCGACCGGCCGAGCUGAUGAGGCGCUACUGACGGCGCAACAGGCCUUGAGUCUGGCUUCCGAGAACGCUUCUGUACGAUUGCAAGCGAUAAACCUGCUUGGAGAAAUCAAUGUCGAAUUGGGCGAAAUCGACACCGCCCGGAACUAUUUCCUCAACGCGGUUGAGCUGGAUCCUACUGGGUCAAUACCAGAGUCCGAGGGCGGUGGUGCUGAGAAGUUUAUGUGGCUCGCCCAAUUGAGCGAACAAGGUGGUACGGACAGUGUUCAGUGGUUCGAAAAGGGCGUUUCGUCUCUCCGGCGGACGCUGGAGUCUCUUGAAGGCAAGACAAGCACGGAAGAGAUUUCUUUUGCCGAGGAGAAGAAGGUCAAGUUGUCCAAUGCUCUAUGUGCGGUGGCGGAAAUUUACAUGACCGAUCUUUCAUGGGAAGAAGAUGCCGAAGCUCGAUGUGAGGCACUGAUUACAGAAGCUCUUGCCGUCACGCCAAAUGCGCCUGAAGUUCUUCAGACUUUCGCGUCUAUCCGGAUAUCACAGUUGAAGAUUGAAGAAGCUCAGGAAGCCCUCAAGAAGAGCAUCACUUUAUGGAAGGACCUGGCUCCCGAGGACCCCAAAGUGCCCGACUUUGCUGUCCGCAUCAGCCUUGCACGUCUUCUCAUGGAGGUGACCUUGGAGUUCGAAGCUCUUGAGGUUCUGGAGCGUCUCAUUCUGGAGGAUGAUCAAAGCGUGGAGGCAUGGUAUCUGGGUGGCUGGUGCUUGUAUCUCCUCGCCGAGAAACAACAAGCACCAAAGGAUAUUGUCGAGGAUGAGGCUGCGGAAUCACCGCGACAUGCAUCCCUGAUUGCGAGUCGAGAGUGGCUCAAACAAAGUCUGAAGCUCUACGAAGUGCUACAGUAUGAGGAUGAGCCGCUGAAGGUCCACGCUCUUGAGCUCAUCCACGGCAUGACCGAUGAGAUUGGAGAGGAUGAUGAGAGUGAGGCCGAGGGGGAAGGUGAUGGUGAGGAUUGGGACGAGGAGAUUGAGGCGGCCUCCGAUGAUGACGAAGAUCACGAGAUGGCCGACUCAUAG